AGCUAAGCACUUCUCACACCACACUAUAACCCCCUUUUCAACUCUCUGUCCCUCUUCCUGGGGCUACUCUGUUAGUCCACUCAAAACUUGCUCACCAGUUUCUUCCGAUAACUGUUGUUAUUGAGGUAAUGUGUGAGUAGUGUAGCUUAGCAAGAUUUGGUGGGGAGAAUGGCCUAUAUGUGUACGGACAGUGGAAAUCUAAUGGCAAUCGCUCAGCAAGUCAUAAAGCAAAAGCAACAGCAGGAGCAGCUCCAACAGCAAGAACAACAGCAGCAGCAGCAGCAACAACAAUUCUUGGGUGUUAAUCCUUUGUGUCUCAGCCCAUGGACUUCCACCACUCAUCAGACCUUAACUAAUAGUCCCACUUUAGGAUAUGGACUUACCGGGUCGGGUUUUGCAGACCCAUUUCAGGUCGCCGGAGGAACAGAUGGCGGCGAGCCGGGAUUUCAGUUCCCUAACUUGGAACAUCAUUCGACCGGGUUUAGGUUUGCUGAUUUCGGCGGUGGACCGGGUGGUGAGUUUGACUCAGAUGAGUGGAUGGAGAGCUUGAUAGGCGGCGGAGAUUCUACCGGAAGCUCUAAUCUUCAAUCUGGUUGCGAAGCCUGGCAGACGAGUUCCGAAUUCACUACCCUAUACGGAGAUCCGUUCUCGAGUUGUCCGAAUCGUCUCAGUAUCGGUUCUUCUCCUCCGCCUCCGCCUUCUUCCGAUCUGAAUGGGGUCAUUUUUUCGGAAACCCAGAAAAAUCUAAACUCACUACAGCCACAGACAACUCCGUGGGUCGCACCAUCUUCAUCUCCUCCUCCAAUUGUUCAACCUGCGUGUAAAGAAUCCAAGGUGGUAUCAGUUGAUGUGCUGCCCUGUAGUUCCCCUGAAAGUUUUUCUUCAAAACCAUUGUUGAAAUCCUUGGUGGAGUGUGCAAGACUCGCUGAAUCAGAGCCUGAAAAUGUAGUAAAAUCUUUGAUUCGACUUAGGGAAUCAGUUUCCCAACAAGGAGAUCCAAUGGAGCGAGUUGGGUUCUAUUUCUUAGAAGCUCUUUACAAUGGGCUGUCGUCGUGUCAAGCAGAAAGAACUCCGUCAAUCUUUGGUACUACGCCGGAGGAGCUCACUUUGUCAUACAAAACCUUUAAUGAUGCAUGUCCCUACUCAAAGUUUGCUCACUUAACGGCUAAUCAGGCGAUUCUUGAAGCAACUGAAAAAGCAACGAGGAUUCACAUUGUAGAUUUUGGAAUUGUUCAUGGUAUCCAAUGGGCUGCUUUUUUACAAGCUUUAGCAACUAGAUCAGCUGGGAAACCAGUCAGUGUUAGAAUCUCCGGUAUUCCAUCAGUGGUAUUGGGUAACUCUCCGGCAGCUUCACUUUUAGCUACAGGGAAUCGUCUUCGUGACUUUGCGAAGAUUCUGGAUCUUAACUUCGAAUUCGAACCGAUAUUGACUCCAGUUCAGGAACUAAACGGGUCUAGUUUUCGAAUUGAUCCAGAUGAAAUCUUAGCUGUGAACUUCAUGUUGCAGCUGUACAAUUUACUGGACGAAACAAAUGUUGGUGUAGAAACUGCACUCAGUCUAGCCAAAUCAUUGAAUCCAAGCAUUGUGACAUUGGGUGAGUAUGAGGUGAAUUUGAACGAUGUAGGAUUCCUGCAGCGGUUUAAGAAUGCACUGAAAUACUACUCAACAGUUUUCGAGUCGUUGGAUCCGAGCUUGACCCGAGACUCCCCGGAGAGAGUACAAGUGGAAAGACUGAUACUUGGCAGGAGAAUUGCCGGAGCGGUGGGCCUAGACGACGGCGGAACCAGAAGAGAAUGUAUGGAAGAUAAAGAACAUUGGAGAGAAUUAAUGGAAGGGGCUGGUUUUAAACCAGUACCACUUAGCCAUUAUGCAAUGAGUCAAGCAAAAAUUCUUCUUUGGAACUAUAAUUAUAGUUCAUCAUUUGGAUUAAUUGAUUCUGAACCUGGGUUUCUCUCCUUGGCUUGGAAAGAUAAUCCCCUUUUGACUGUUUCUUCAUGGCACUAAUUGUUCUAAAUCAGUUAUGUGUCCUGGUUCUGUUAGGUACUUUCUUCUAUAAGUGCUUAAUUUCAAUUUCAUUGCUCUCUGUAGAUUAAAAAGUUAGUAUAGAAAGAUGAUAUUUUUGAGCAAGUUAACUUUGAAUUUCAAGAUUAA